AUGCCUCUCCUGGCCACUGCUCCCAGUAGCACUCUGAGCUCUGUCAGAUCCUCCUGCCAGAAGGGCUCCAUCAGGCCCUUCGACAUCCCUGGUCAGAGCACACAUCACCCUGGACCGAAUUUCCUGCAGCCCCGUUGGCCUUUCCUUCCAGACCAGCCCAAGUUGGGGGACAUCAGUUCUGCACUGUCCCUCCUCCUUGCCGGGGCCCCUCCUGCCCCACCUUCAGGGUUUCGAGGACCAGGAGCCGUGGCACAGAGCCAAGGGGAUGAGAACAAGAUAAUUGGUGGCUAUCCGUGCAGACAGAACUCUCAGCCAUGGCAGGCAGCCCUACUGGCAGGUCCCCAGCGUCGCUUCCUCUGUGGAGGGGCCCUGCUGUCAGACCAGUGGGCCAUCACUGCUGCUCACUGCGCCCGCCCGAUCCUUCAGGUCGCCCUGGGCAAGUACAACUUGAAGAACUGGGAGGCCACCCAGCAGGUGCUGCGCGUGGUUCGCCAGGUGCCACACCCCCAGUACAACUCCUGGACCCACAACAACGACCUGAUGCUGCUGCGGCUGGAGCAGCCCGCUCGGCUGGGGAAAGCAGUGAGGCCUAUCACUGUGGCCAGUUCCUGUGCCAGCCCGGGGACUUCCUGCCGUGUGUCAGGCUGGGGUACCACAUCCAGCCCCAUAGCCCAGUACCCCAACUCGCUGCAGUGCGUGAAUAUCAACAUCUUCUCGGAUCAGCAGUGUAGGCAGGCCUAUUCCGGAGCGAUCACCGCAGGCAUGGUCUGUGCAGGGGUCCCCCAAGGCGGGAAGGACUCUUGUCAGGGUGACUCUGGGGGACCCCUGGUGUGCAAAGGACAGCUCCAGGGCCUCGUGUCCUGGGGGAUGGAGCACUGUGCCCUGCCUGGCUACCCCGGGGUCUACACCAACCUGUGCAAGUACCACAACUGGAUUCAGGAAACCAUACGGAGCAAAUGAUCACCAGUGUGACCAAACUUUAGCUGUCGGAUAU